CCAAACCCACUUCCUUUUGCUUAGGUCCCUUCCAUCUCAGAAACCCGUCGCACUGAACUCAACUGGCCGCCCCGGAAAACAAAAAUCUGGCCGGAGUUAGUUGCCGGCCGCCUUAAAUUCCAGAUACCAUGGCGUGUCCGACAUUGGGGAGAUACAUUUCAAAUUAAUGUAUCGGUGCUCCAUAGCUUGAACUUAUUAUUGUUGAUAAGGGGAGGCCCUGUUCAUGGGCAUCACUAUCUUUCAGCACAGGGGCCUCAAUAUUUUGGUUGAGAAUGCCAAGUCGUAACAGUUGCACGUGACAUUGAUGUACAGUUUUUGACGCAUAGAAUUCCAAUUAUUCUGGUACUGUUAUCACUGAAGAAAGACGGUGAAAUGGGAAAACUUGCUCUUGCAGCAAUAGUGAGCUCAUGGGUUAUUCCUAUAACCAUAAUAGUCAAUCACAUAGUUCCUGAGCCAUAUAUGGAUGAGAUAUUUCAUAUACCACAGGCUCAGCAGUACUGCAAGGGUAAUUUCAGAAGUUGGGACCCUAUGAUUACCACCCCACCUGGCCUGUACUAUCUUUCACUUGCCCAUAUUGCUUCAUUGUUUCCAGGCUUUUACUGUGUAGAACCUGCUUCAUCAUUUUUUGAUAUCUGCUCUGCUUCCAUUCUUCGAUCAAUCAAUGGUGUCUUAGCAGUCAUAUGCAGUGUAAUUCUAUAUGACAUCAUUAUUCACUUGAAACCAGCACUUGGUGACAGAAAGGCAAUGCUUCAUGCAGUUGUCCUAUCCUUGUACCCCCUUCAUUGGUUCUUCACUUUUCUUUAUUAUACGGAUGUUGCAUCUGUUACUGCAGUGCUGGCUAUGUAUCUUGCAAGUUUGAAAAAGAAUUACUGGUGUAGUGCAUUGGUUGGAGCCUUUGGAGUGGUUGUUCGACAAACAAAUAUUAUAUGGGUCCUUUUCGUUGCAUGCACCGGUAUAAUAGACAUUUCUCUUAUGUAUGGAAAGGGCAAUUCAAGAACAGCCAAGUCAGAUGUAUCAAUCGAGCAUGACUUCACAUAUGCUACAAGUGCAAAGGGUUUAAAUCUGAAAAGGCGAAAGUCUGUUAAAACUGUAAAUACUGCUGAGCACUCUUUGCCUCGGAUAAACGCAUCUUCUCCUUCCUUGUCUUCAGGUUUGGUUGAUGAAAUUUGGGCAGUUCUGUUAACAUUAUGGCAUAUGAAGUGGGAGCUUAUAAUUUCAUUUAGUCCUUUUCUCAUGGUGUUGAUGGCCUUUCUUGUAUUUGUCUAUUUGAAUGGGAGUAUUGUUCUUGGUGCAAAAGAAGCACAUGCUGUUACCCCACAUUUUGCUCAGAUACUAUAUUUUAGUUUAGUUUCUGUUUUGGCUCAGGCUCCCAUGCAUUUCACUUUCACUCAUGCUGUGGACAUGUUUCAGUUGUUUUGGAGAAGUAGGCCCCUUAGUUACAUUCAGAUGUUCCUGGCCCUUAUUGCUGGCAUUUUCUCUGUACAUUUUUUCAGUGUAGCUCAUCCUUACCUUCUUGCCGAUAAUCGGCAUUACCCUUUCUAUCUCUGGAGGAAAGUCAUCAUGGCUCACUGGUCAAUUAGAUAUCUUCUAGUGCCGGUUUAUAUGUAUUCAUGGCUUUCAAUCAUCCAUAUGUUGGGGAAAGUUAGAAGUAAAUUAUGGAUAUUGGCACACUUCUUGGCUACAGCUGCUGUUCUUGUACCAACUCCACUCAUAGAGUUCAGAUAUUACACCAUACCAUUCUAUUUCUUUGUGCUUCACUGUAACAUUAGGGAUGAUCAGCAUUGGCUUCUUACAGGGAUGCUAUAUGUUGGUGUCAAUAUCUUUACAAUGCUGAUGUUUUUGUUUCGGCCUUUUCAUUGGGAUCAUGAACCUGGGAUUCAAAGAUUUAUAUGGUGACUUAACUGAUAAAUUAAGUCAAAUUAGUGUGUUUGAUUAUGAGGUAGCAUAAACUGAUUUUGUA